AUGAAUCAUAUCAGAUAUUAUUCGCGACGGGUUGUUGUCACUGGUCUGGGAGCAUUAUCCCCUCUCGGGCGUGACGUUCCGACAUCCUGGAGUGCCCUUCUAGAUGGGAAAAGUGGAGUCACGUCAACACCAUCUGAUGCGGGCUUCGAAAAGCUUCCCUGUCGAGUGGCAGCUUUCAUAAAUAAGCCAGGCGAGCAACCGAUUUUCGAAGCGACGCAAGUGGUUUCGACUUCGGAAGUUCGAACUCUGAGCUCAGCCUCCCUGCAUGUACUUCAAGCUGCUGAGGAAGCCUUGCAGGACUCCCAGUGGAAACCUUCGACACAAGCGGAUCUGGAACGGACUGGUGUAGCGAUCGGUAUGGCAAUGACAGAUCUCGAUUACAUCGUUGACACGGGUCUCGCUUUCCGGGGUGGCGGCCUACGGAAAAUUUCCCCGUUUUUCGUUCCGAGAAUUCUAACAAACAUGGCAUCCGGUGCUAUCAGUCUCCGAUAUAAGUUCCAAGGACCCAAUCAUUCCGUGGCUACAGCGUGUGCUACCGGGAUCCACGCCGUCGGGGACGCUUUCCAAUUCAUCAAAUAUGGGAAAGCUGAAGUCAUGCUGUGCGGUGGGACCGAGUGUUCGAUAUCGGCUCUCAGCCUCGCCGGUUUCUGUCGUCUGAGAGCCCUCAGCAGCAAAUUCAACGAGACGCCGCACGCUGCUUCGAGACCUUUCGAUAAAGAUCGGGACGGCUUCAUCAUGGGCGAAGGAGCGGCUGUUCUCGUCCUCGAAGAAUUAGAACACGCAAAAGCGCGUGGGGCCCGAAUUCAUGGCGAACUUCUCGGCUACGGUCUCGCUGCAGAUGCUCAUCACAUCACGGCCGCAUCCGAAGACGGCAGCGGAGCUUAUCUAUGUAUGAGGAACGCUUGUGAGGAUGCUGGACUCAAUCCCGAACAGGUGGAACAUGUCAACGCCCAUGCGACAUCGACGCCCGGAGGAGACGCGGCGGAGGCUGCUGCGAUCAAUCGUUUAUUCCUGAACGGGGCUCCACCUUUCGUAAGCGCUACCAAGAGCAGUACCGGUCAUCUCUUGGGUGCGGCUGGAGCCCUUGAAACAAUUUUCGCAGUUAAGGCUGUUUCGGAAGGCCAGGUACCUCCGACGCUCAACGCAGACGUCAUCGAUGAGAAAUGCAAAGGCAUCAACCUACAUCGUACGGCAACCCCGUGGCAAUCGAAACAGCGACGAAUCGCUUUGAAGAAUUCUUUCGGUUUCGGCGGAACGAACGCAACCUUGAUCGUCGGUCAAUAUUAG